AUGAGGACCUCAAGAUACAGAAGGAGCUCUUCUUCGUCGAGCUUCCCUCUAUACCCAUAUAAUAAUAAUGGAGGUGUCUUACAAGCAGCAGCAGCAGAAGGAGACUGGUCAUCAUCACCAGCAGCAGCAGCAGCAGCAGCAGCAGCAGGAGUAGCAGGAGGAGACGAUUGGCUAGCAGCAGCAGCAACAGGAGAAGAAGACCAAGAACUAGAUGCAUCUUUUGUUGAGACACCUAUGGAUAAUAAGGAAGAAGAAGGAGAAGGAACAUCUCCUUCUUCUUCUCCUUCUUCUUCUCCUCCUUCUUCUCCUCCUUCUUCUCCUCCUCCUUCCCCAGGAGAGGGACCAUCAGGAGCAGCAGGAGCAGCAGGAGCAGCAGGAGGAAGGACAGCAACAAUGGCAGGUCAUAAGCGUACAGCAGAAGAGGCAGGUCUUGGUGAGGGUACAGGAGGGCCCUCAGGUGUUGGGGCCCCUAGUGGUACAGGGGGGCCCCAGGGUACAGCACCAAGACCAGCAGGUCGUCCUGCUCGUGGAGGAGGAGGCAGGAUAGCUGAGCUCCGCCGCCAGGCAGAGGAGAGGGACGAGAGGAGGAGGAGGGAGCAAUUAGGACUAAAUGUACAGCGUACACCAGGGAGAGCAGAGGCAAUAAGGAAAAAAAUACAAAAAGAAGUAGAGGAAGGAAAUAAGAUAACAGAGGAGGAAAGGAGACAAAAAAUGCUCAAGGAGUACAUGAGUAAGCCAGAGGUAGUAGAGAAAAGAGAGAAAUUAAAUAAGGACGCAGAGAGGAGAGCUAGAUAUAUAACAGGGACUAGAUUCUAG